AUGUGUGGUAUCACCGCUCUCCUCCUCUCUUCGGUCGAGCAAUCAGCUGCUCCGGAGAUCAACGAGGCUCUUUCUUUGCUUCAACACCGUGGUCAGGAUGCUGCUGGUAUCGUCACUUGCGGUAACAAGGGUCGAUUCUACCAAUGCAAGGCCAACGGUAUGGUUCGCGAUGUCUUGGACGUCAACGCCAUCGCUCGUCUUCAGGGCAACAUGGGCGUAGGUCACGUUCGAUAUCCCACCGCUGGUUCCUCUGCUCACUCGGAGGCGCAACCCUUCUACGUCAACUCGCCCUACGGUAUCACUUUUGCUCACAACGGUAACCUCAUCAACACCGACGAGCUUCGUCGAUUCCUUGACGCAGAUGCUCACCGACACAUCAACACCGACUCGGACUCGGAAGUGCUUCUCAACAUCUUUGCCAACAAUCUUCAAAAGACUGGCAAGUUUCGUAUCAACGAGGAGGACAUCUUCACUGCUAUUCGUGACUUGAUGAAGCAGUGCAAGGGCGGUUACACCUGUAUUGCUAUGCUUGCUGGGUUCGGUAUCAUUGCUUUCCGUGAUCCGAAUGGUAUUCGGCCUCUCGGUAUCUGCUCUCGUCCUUCCUCUUCUGCAGAGUCGGCUGAGGUCGAGGGUCAUGGCAAGGAUUACUGCUUCACUUCCGAGUCCGUCGUUUGCGAUGCGCUCGGAUUCGAGGACUUUGAGGAUAUCAAGGCUGGAGAAGCUGUCAUUAUCACAAAACACGCUGUUUCGCGUCGCAUCUUGACUCCUCCCGCCGACUCGCCAGACGCAUACUCCUUCUCCCCCGACAUCUUUGAGUACGUCUACUUUGCUCGUCCAGACAGCGUCAUCGACGGUGUCUCUGUAUACCGAUCUCGUAUGGCUAUGGGUGACAAGCUCGCCGAUGAGGUUCGCCGUCAACUCGAGGCUACCGGCAUGUCGAUCGACGUCGUUAUUCCCGUCCCCGACACAUCUCGCGUUGCUGCCUUGCAACUCGCACAGAACCUCGGCGUCCCAUACCGCGAAGGCUUUGUCAAGAACCGUUACGUCGGCCGAACAUUCAUCAUGCCCGGCCAAAGCGUUCGCCGCAAGAACGUUCGCCGCAAACUCAACGCCAUGGCUCUCGAGUUCAGCGGCAAAAACGUGCUCAUCGUCGACGACUCCAUCGUUCGUGGUACCACGUCAAAAGAGAUCAUUCAGAUGGCCCGAGAUGCAGGCGCUAAAAAAGUCAUCAUGGCUUCCUGUGCUCCACCUAUCCGCUACUCCAACGUAUACGGAAUCGACAUGCCUUCUCGCCAAGAACUCGUCGCAUACGGCCGAACAGUCGAACAGAUCGCAGAAUACAUCCAAGCGGAUAUGGUCAUCUACCAGACUCUCGAGGAUCUGAUUGAUUCCGUGAAGCAAUUCAACCCGGACUUGAAAAAGUUUGACUGCUCCGUAUUCGACGGUCACUACGUCACCGGUGGUGUUGAUGCAGAAUACAUUGCUCAUCUCGAACAUCUUCGUAGCGAAAAUGCAAAAGCUAAAAAGGCGGCGACCAACAUUCCGGUCAUCUCGGAGAACCAGAAGAAGAUCUACGCAAGUCGAGCUAGUCCGGCUGCCUCUAGUGUAGCCGGUGGACCGAUGGACGGAGCUAAUGACGAGAAGAUGGCGUCGGAUCCAAGUGGGGCGGUGGUAAACGGUGCUGCUGCCAACGCGAACGGCACGAAUGGCAACAGAAAGAGGAGGUUGAAUGCCGAAGAGGAGGAAGAGGAGGAGGAGAAGCAGCAGCAGCAGCAGCAGCACAACGUUGGAUGCUCGGGCCCGAUGAAUGGUGCGGAUGAUAUUGGCCUGUUUAAUAGCUGGACUCGUUAG